ACAGUGUAAAUAAAAAUACAAAAGAUAGGAUGGCUGUGACCUGUGGAUGAAUGAAUCGAUUGGUUGCUGCAUUAACUCUCUUGCGAACGCACUCAGAGCGAUUGGACUGUUACUGUUUCGUGGAGAUUUUCCGCUGUAUAUCGAGUACUACUCACUUUACCCUUUGAAUUUAAAUCCUUGUUGAUUUUCACCAUAUUUGUAUUCAUCAAAGCUCCCGUGCUAUCCACGUUGGAGGAUCUUACGCCUUCGAUCAACCCCUCUCUGCCAUAUCUGUAGAUUUUCUAUUGCUCUUCGCGGAUUUGGCCGGAUUUUAGUGAAGUAUGGAGCACCUUCCUGUUGAAGUCAUUGGCAAUAUAUUGUCUCAGCUUGGAGGUGCACGAGAUGCGGUGAUAGCCUCAGCAACAUGUAAGAAGUGGCGGGAGGCUUUCCACAAACAUCUCCACACACUCUCGUUCAAUUCCAGUGAUUGGCCGGCAUAUCAUGAUAUGGCAACAAAUCGACUGGAAAUCCUGAUAACCCAAACAAUUUUCCAAACCACUGGAUUGCAGGGUCUAUCAAUUAUGAUGGAUGAUGUUGAGGAGUUCUCAGCGUCAACUGUUAUUGCAUGGCUCAUGUAUACUAGGGAAACAUUGCGCAGGUUAUAUUAUAAUGUCCGGACAAUUCCUAAUAUUAAUAUUUUUGAAAUCUGUGGGAGACAGAAACUUGAAGUGUUGUCUUUGGCCCAUAAUUCAAUCACAGGGAUGGAAUCUAAUUUUCUGAGAUUUCCUUGUUUGAAAUCUCUUUCUUUGAGUCAUGUUGCUAUUUCAUCAUUGGAUUUGAGUCUUUUGCUCACAGUGUGUCAGAAGAUUGAGACCUUGGAACUUGUCAAUCCAGAGAUUGCAAUGUCAGAUGCCCAAGUGACAGUUGAAUUGAGUAGUCCAACACUGAAGAAUAUUUAUGUUGAAGCAAUUAGUUUGGAUAAGUUUAUAUUGGAGGCUGAUAGCAUUGAGCGUUUGCACUUGAAAGAUUGCGCUCUUGAACUUUUUGAACUGAUUGGCAAGGGAACCUUAAAGCAUUUCAAGAUUGAUGAUGUCAGUGUUAUACAUAUUGACAUUGGUGAGACUGUUGAUAAUCUUGAGAUUGUAGACAUCAGCAGCUUCACUAUUUUUUGGCCUAAAUUCUACCAGAUGAUUUCAAGAUCAUCGCGAUUGAAGAGGCUUCGGCUUUGGGAUGUUGUAUUUGAUGAUGAUGAAAUUAUAGAUUUGGAAACUAUUGCUGUUUGUUUCCCACAGCUGACCCAUCUUUCAUUGAGUUAUGACUUGAGAGAUGGAGCUAUUCACUAUGGCUUGCAAGGCUCUUCUAAUUUGGAGCAUGUGAUUGUAUUGGAGCUUGGAUGGAUGGUCAUUAAUGAUCUCUUCUCACAUUGGGUUGAGGGGCUCUUAAAGCGAUGUCCCAACCUCAAAAGGAUUGUCAUUUUCGGGGUUGUUUCGGAAAUAAAAAACCAUGAAGAAUGUCUGAUGUUGGGCAAUUUCACUUCAUCCAUUGUUCAGCUCAUGAGGAAAUAUUUGCAUGUAGAGGUGCAGUUUGAGUAUGAGUAAAAGCUCUCCAAAUUGCUGGCCAAAAUAUUUUUAUUUUUGGUAUUAGUAAGAACUGUAUGAUUACAUGUGCAGGUAAGAUAGCCUGAGCAUCCUUUUUGUCUAUCCAUAAAUGGUCGCUGAAGUCUCUUUCUUUUGAUUGAAAAUUUUUUAUUACUUGAUUGAGAGAAACAUGUUUUAUGUUCAAGUUCAUUUCA